AUGACGCUUCCACGCGCCGUCCAGCGUGCCUCAUGGACGGUGCUCUCCGCAAAUCACAGUGCCUUCCGAGCACGACAAUACUCCUCUCGAGCGUCCGUCCCCGAGGCAAACGGGUCAGCAAUCUCACCGCGCUGGCUGUCGGAUACAAAGGCCCGCAUAGGAAAAUGCAUUACCUUUGGCAUGCCAGAGAGCCUUGUCGAUGAGGCUGGCAGGAUCUUGCGCGUCCUGGGCCGUGACUGGCGUGAGCUUGUCGCUGGCAGUGAGGGAUACCUGACUGAUCCAAAAAGAGCCGGUCUGCAUAGACAAAACAUUGUAUGGGGCGAGCAGGACUCGAUGGGCCAUGUAAACAACGUGAUGUAUGUUCGAUACGCGGAGAGCGGAAGAUGUAACACAAUGCGCAACUUUGCGAAAUACGUUGAUCCUGUGCACCGGCAAAAGUGGGAAGACAUGUUGACGAACCGCGGUAUUGGACUGAUCCUCAAGAGCAUCACUGUGGACUUCAAGUUUCCCAUGACGUGGCCCGACAGGAUUUCUGUAUAUCACAAACUCCGGACGUGUCCAGACGAGAAGACCACUUCAUUGAUACUGGAUGUGCUGAUUCUCUCCGAAAAUCGCCAGCGCCCUGCAGCACGGUGUCUGGAGGAAUCCGUGGUGUACGACUACAGGCUCGGCAAAAAAAGCCCGAUGGAGCCUUUCAUGGUCAAGGAGCUGAAGAACACCUUCGAACUGCAAGAAGCCGCGAAAAGAGAGAACCUGGCUAAAGUGCAGCGGCUCGAGAAACAGGUGCGAGACCUGGAGAAGCGAAGUUGGGAUCGUCCGGAUGCGAAAGAGGACUUUGGCAGCGCUCAGAAUUCAUGA